GGGAUUCCUUCAAUUAUCUACGUCAACUAGAGAAACAUAAUCUUAAUACAAAAUGAAUAAAAAAGUUCUAUCUGUCAGCUAAAUGCCUUAAUAAAAAUAAAGAAAAAUGAAAAUAAGAGAAAUUACCAUGAUAGGUACGUUGCCUUUAACAGGUGGCAGACCUACUGAAAAUAUUAAAAUUUACCGUAAUUUGACAAUGAACAUAAUAUGCAGUAUGAAAAUUAUUGUUCUAAUAAUGUAGUGAAUGCAUUAAUAAUUAUCGCACACAAAUUACGUAAAAGCCUAAAAUCUUAUAGCUAUUGCUAACAAAAGUUAAAUUAUUCCAUGUUGAAAUAAUGGAAAAAAAAAACAACCACAAUAUUUUUUUUUUUGUUUUCCCAAGAACAAUAACUUUAAUCAAUAAUAGGUAUAAGUAGAUAUUGUGGCUUUAAGUGCUAAAAUUGUAUUUAAAGCAGAUAAUUAAGAUAUAAAUUCGAGCCAUUUUGCGUUAGUGCGUUAGUAAAAAACCAAACUCGACAGAAGCAGACGCUAUGAAAAUAUUUGCCUUGAUAUUUAUUCUAACCGUUAUUCCCUCUUUGGGCAAAGAGUACGACUUUAAACUUGUUCACCAAUGGAAACAAAUAGAGUACAAAUUCAACAGCGAAGAAGAGCGUUUAGAAGCAAUACAAAAUGGUACAUUUAAUAUUGGAAACAUCCAGCCUAUCGAUGCCCAAUACACAUUUAAUCAAUAUACUGGCGAGGAAAGAAUUUUCGUAACAGCACCAAGAUUAAGAAAAAUGGGCGUACCAGCUGCCCUUGGUGUGAUUAUAAAUGAAACCAGAGAUGGAAAUCCGGUUAUUGAACCAUAUCCUUCUUGGUCUUGGCACGUUGAUCCAAAAAAAUGCAAUAAUCAUAGGAUAGUGUCAGUGUUUAGAAUAUGGUGGGACGGAUGUGACAGACUUUGGGUAUCAGACACUGGAGUUAUAGGAAGCGAUUUCAUAUGUCCACCACAAAUUUUGGCUUUCGAUUUGCAAACGGAUAAACUUCUUCACAAAUAUGAAAUCCCUUACGAGCAACAUGGAAAUAUUUCCUGGUUCCUUUCGCCAGAGGCUGAAGUUGAAUCAUACGACAACGAAUGCGAAAAUACUUGGGUGUAUAUAGCAGAUUCAAAUGGUUUCAAAUUGUUAGUAUACAGUCUCAAACAAAAUACAUCGUGGAGUAUACAAGACAAAAGUUUCGAACCAGAUCCAAAAUAUGAAAACUACACUAUAGGAGGCGAUUCUUUUAGCUAUGCUGAUGGAAUAAUAAGUGUUGCACUUUCACCCGCAUCAGACGGUCCAGAAGAUAGAAAACUAUAUUAUCAUGCCAUGUCAAAUAUCAAAGAAUCUUGGGUUUUUGUUAAAGAUCUUAAAAAUCGGGAUAAUUUUGAAAUUCUUUAUGGAGCACCUCAACUCUUUCAUACCUACAAAGGUACAAGAGACCAACAAUCAAUAACAGAAGCCAUAGACCAGUAUGGAUACAUUUAUUUUUCACUUUUGAUUGAUGUCUUGUUAGCAAAAUGGGACCCAAAUACUUCAUAUAGAAAAGAAAAUUGGGAAAUUAUUAAUGAUGAUUAUGAAAGAAUGCAGUUUCCGAGUGGAUUGAAAAUAUUGCCUCAUAAAGAGAAUAAACGCAAAGAAGUUCUUUGGGUUUUUUCAGUGGCCUAUCAAAGAUUUGAAGCUGGAACAUUAUUUGGGAAUCGAACCAACUUUAGAUUGUUUGCUGCAGAUUUAUAAAUUACUAAACACAUUUCAUGAAUUAGAUUUUGAUAGAUAAAGACUUCACCUACUAAAUAGGGAAUUUCUUCGUCAUCGUCGAAUAAGGCUAUUUCAUCGCAGGCAUCUUCAAGAAUCUUGAGAUCAUUCUAGAUAUAAAAACUAAUAUUAUUUUAUAUUUUAUGUAAAAUGGAAAAUUAAAAAUUUUGAAAAAAAGCCUCUAAGAAUUGUGAAAUUUCCACUUUGUCCUGUUACUGCAGCCACCAAACCGAGGUAGCUACAUAUCAAAUAAAAAGUUAUUAGAUGUGACUAAUGAGAGAUAGUUUAAAAUUAUCUUUAAUUAAAAUUUUGUAGUGAAUAAUGUAAAUGGUGAAACUGCUGAACCUUGCAUUUUUUCAUGUAUGUGAACCGACAGGUGACCUGCAUCCUGAGAAAAUGGAUACAGUUGAAAACAAUAGUUAUUUAAACAACAAGUUUUGAAAACGACUUUUUUCGCACGGCGAGACAGUUUGUUGGACCGAGCCUUAGGCGAGUUCCACAAGUCGAGCAAGUGUGAAAAAAGGUUUUCAAACAAGUUUUUUACAAUGCUUUUCCUACAACUGCAAAAUAAAACAACCAAAUAUGUAAUUUAUAUAGUUUAUGCUUGUUAUUUGCAGACGAUAUUAAAUUUUGGAAAACUAUUGAAAGAAGAUUUAGAUCGUGUGACAGAAUGGUGCGUCUCAAACAAAUUAUUUUUGAAUGUAAAGAAAUGUUGCUUUAUAAGUUUCACAAGGAAACCAAACAGAAUCGGAACAGAUUAUACAAUAGAAGGUCAACAACUUAAGUAUGUAUCAUCCGUUGAGGAUCUAGGCGUUAUAUUCGAUGAGAAAUUGUCAUUUGUUGAACAUGUUAUCUCAAUAAGUAAAAGGGGGUCAAAAAUGUUAGGUUUUAUUAAUAGAAACUGCAGGUAUUUUUCUGUUGAAUCAGUGAGGCUUGUUUACUGCUCUUUAGUGCGGUCAGUGCUAGAGUAUGGUUCAGUUGUGUGGUCUCCCUUUUUUCAUGUUCACUCUGCAUUAUUGGAAAGAGUGCAACAUAAAUUUUUGAGAAUAUGUGCUUUUAGGUAUAAGUUUCCUACAAUCAUUGACCAUGACUACAAUAAUAUUGAGCGUCAACUUUCCCUAAGUCCUUUAGGAAAUCGCCGUGAUGUGUUUGGUGCUGUUUUUAUUUAUAAAAUUGUAAAUGGCUUGAUUGACAGCCCAGAUCUCUUGAAUUAUGUAGGCUUAAAUGUACCAUAUUAUCAGGGUCUACGCAACAAUAAUGUGUUCCAUAUUCCUUUCCAUAGGACAACAUAUGGGGUUAACAGCCUUUUACAUAGGUAUAUGUCUUUAAUUAAUUGUCAUGAUAUUGAUGUCUUCAAUGUAUCGAUAGGGAUUUUUAAAAGGGCAGUUUUGUUAUGAAAAUAAUGGUGUGGAGCAGUAUUACUUUAAUUAAUUUUGUUUUUGUUGAUUGAUGGUUAAUCUAUUUUAUUUUUGUUUUUUUUUUCUCCUUAAGUAUGUAUAUAUAUUUUUUUUUCUUUUCUGGGUAGCUUAGAUUGUUUUUCGUUAAGUUUAAAUUUUGUUGUUUCUUGUUUUUCUUUUAGUGUUAACACUUACUUGCUGCAGGUUUUAUAAUGUAUAUACCUAACCAAUUUAUUAUUGUUUGUUGUAAUUUUGCUGUUAAUGGGGCUAUCCCGUAUAAUAAAUAAAUAAAUAAAUAAAUAAUUUUCAUUUGUUAGAAAACUUGAAGCGUGUGAAAUUUUUUUUCGCAUGCUGAGGAGCCUGUGAAAAACUUUUUCGCAAGCUAAAAUGCGUGGAAAAAACUUUUUCGCAUGCUGUGCGAAAAACUCUAAUUUCAAAGGUUGCCUAGCGUGCGAAAAACUCCAUUUUCAGAAGCAGUCCUAGGAAAAAGUAAUUUUUAUGUCAAUUUGUUACCUAACAAAUGCGAAAAGUGAUACUUUACCGCAUGCAACAACGCAAAGCAGCAUUAGGGCAAGCCAUUAAGGGCAGUAAAUGUACUUUCUGCAUGUGUUAAGUACAAAAUUUUACAUAUAAUGAGCAUCUACAUCUCCAAAAGGCAAUAUUGAAAUUUUUGGGAUUUUUGGUUAUAAAUAGAGGUCUACUUUACCACACACUAUGCGCAGGGCCGAUCCUAGCAGGUGUGCAGCUCGUGCCCCGCACGCGGGAGGCCAAAUCUAAGGACGGCCGCAGGCCGCCUAUAAUUCUGUCAUUUAAGAUUCGAGUAAAACUUUUAACGAAUUUCGCAAAAUAAGCUGAACUUUAAAAAACCCCUGAAAAAUGAGAAUAAACCCCGAU